AUGAGUAGCUUGGCGAAGUCUCGGGUGCAAACAGUAUCCUCUUUAAAGAGAAUCGUUGGUAGAGGGUUACUGAAGUCAACAGCUAAUACCGUUCUUUUGGCUUAUGUAUAUAUUGUAUUGCCUAAGUUAUUCAAACGCAUUCAUAGGGAUGUUAAAGGAAAAAGGUAUGAUAGAAUUUGGUCCGAUAUUACUCGAACUCUCAUUAAAGCACUUGAAUUCCUGAAGUUUCCCAUGUCAAUGGGAAGGAUUGUUGCAAUGUUAAACAUUUUAACUCCUGUUGUUGAAAAGGUGUUAAAACGAAGAAAUGUUGCUAAUCCUCUAUUAGCUACGGCAAUUGCUGGUUUCAUAUCGUCCAUGGUUAAUUAUCCACUAUUUCAGCGGCAUAUAACAAAGUACGGAAGAAUUCAUUCUUUGGACUUUACGUUAAUAUUGGUUGUUAGGGCGUUAGAUACCGUUAUUUCUUCAAGUGUUCAAUCAAUACUCAGCAAACGGCCAAAGAGAUAUAAUAUUCAUUUAUUCGGAGACGAGCUUCUAUUUAUUGUCUCUUCGGCAUUAAUAAUGCAUGCGUGGACAUUUCGUCCUGAGAAAUUACCGCCAGCUUAUCUGCGUUGGAUCACAUCGGCUGCUAAUAUGGAUGAUGAUAUAAUUAACUUCUUUAGAAGCUUCGAACAAAAAAGAUGUAAGUAUGGAGAAGAGUGCCCUGAUGAGGAUAUUUUUAGAGAUUUUUGCAAGAAGUACGGCAAAGAUCCCGAGUUGGGAGAUACUAAAUCGAAGGAGCCCGUACCUUGUGAGAUUUAUCAUGGGUUUUCAAGUAAAAGCUGCGAGCUUAAUGCUCUUGUGAGGUUUGUAAGAGGUUUUAAAUUUGCAGCUAGGCUUUAUGGAUCAAUAAACUUGAUAAUGUGGCUAGUUAGACGUGGUAGUCCUAAACCAUAUAUCAUCAAUACGGUAAGGUCAUCAGCAUUUUUGGGCUCAUUUAUAACACUAAUGUGGUAUGUAUUCUGUAUGGUGCGAUCAAGGUUAAGUAAGCUUUUCCCUAACGUAUCUCCUAACUUCUGGGAACGCUUAGCUCCACAGAUUGGAGCAUAUGCUACGGGCUUCAGCUGCUUCGUUGAAAGUGGCCAAAGGCGCAAAGAAUUGGCUUUAUUUGUCGCUCCAAAAGCUUUGGGUACUCUUGUCCCAGUGAAAAAUGACAAUUUCCAUUUCCAAAUCGAGAACUUAGCUUUCAGCCUUAGCUUUGCUAUUUUGGUAUCUUAUGCAAGGCAGGAUCCAUCGAAAGUAAGGGGCCUUUUAGGCAAAGCCUUACGUGUUAUAUUCGCAUCUUGA